AUGUUGCAUACUGCCAAAGACCUCUGCCGCAGAAGGUUCAAGAAGCAGAUACCCAACAUUCUUGAAUUUGAGAAUUGGCUCAAUGGAAAAGGCAAGGAAGGACUUAAAAAGGCUAUGGCGGCAUGCGACAAAGUACAUAAGAUGACAAGGCAAGCAAUCAGUCGGAGAAAGUGCGACUGGAGGAAGGAUGCUGUGCUACGCCUGUGGGGGAAGGAUGUGGAUGGGGUUUGUGUUGAGGAAGAGGCCGAAGACGACAUGAAGCCGGACAAGAUCAAACGACGAGACUCAAAGUUACUGGAGUAG